AGCAGUUGUCAAAUGUUUGAUUAGCGAUGGAGUGAUAAUAUGAGACUAGGAUAUGUCGAAAUGCGUGUACCUGUAACUACGAGUUCAAAAUAACUAACAGGUGUCACUUUUUAAACUAUAUAUUAAGUUGCAGUGGUUUUAUAGGAGAGGAUAAAUUACUAUGGCGGGGCACUUGCAAAUCAGAAAUAAAAUGAACACUACUAGUAGUAGGAUAGAUUCGCAGUUUCACACCUUAGAAGUGGAGUUUUCAAAUCACGUGCGUCUUGGGCAAUGGGAAUUAGCACGUUCUUGUGCUACUACACUUGCCUCGACGGGCGAUGAAAAAACAAAAGAAAAUCUAAUUAAACUUCUAAAAGAUAUUGCUUUUUAUCCUGAAAAAGCGAGUAUUUUCCAAUCUCCUUUGAAAUCUCCAAGUCAUUUAAGUUGGCUCUGUUGUCAACUGCUGAAGGAGCUUGUUGGUGCUCAAGAUAGAGAUGUUGAACUGUUGGCAAAAGAUGCAGAAUUUCGAGUUUUAUUACAAGAUGCUUUGCCAUGUGCUUCUUCAAAUGUAUUAAAGGAACUACAUGUAUUAUAUUGUAGUUUGCUUGAUGGUGAAAACCUAACUGGAGUUCAGUUGUCUUCAGACUGUUAUGCUGUGCUCAAGGAAGGUUUACUUGAAAAUACUUCACUGGUAAGCUGCUUGUUGAACCAGCUUCUAUUUUUCAAUGAAGAAACAGGUUUAAUUUACAGCAACUUUCAAGUGUGUAUGAUCUACUUACAGUGCUUAUCAUACUGUAUUCAACAAAUUAAAAACAGAAUCAGUACCAUUGUGCCUAAACCUGAUGAAGUCUUUACUAAGAUCCUCCUCAUCCUCAGUUUGUUACCCGAAAGCAUCAUUCAACAUUUCACCCAAAAUUCUGACAUAUCUGAAAUUCUUGAUUUGAUCUUUGAAGACCUUGUAGUUCUAUGUGCAAAUAAUACACUUGAGUAUAAUAAGGUUUAUGGAGCUUGUUUAGGAAGGAGGAGACCUUGUUUACUUCAGAAGCUCUGUGAUAAAGAAGAUCAGUUGUUUUGUCGUAGAAGUGGACAAAAGUCAUUUGAGACCACAAGAGAUGUUGUAUCCUUGCCAUCUAGUAUGAUAAAGUGUGCUGUUAACCUUGAUGGAACACUUAAUCAUCGAGAAGCCUUGUUACAGUCUGUAAAAAGCCACUCACACUUCUUAGAAACACUGUUGAAUACAGCAGUGCAAUAUAUUUUGAUGGGACAACCAGAAGAAGCAAUAGCUUUAUUAAAAGAACCAGUGUUUUCUGACCUUAAGGCAAUUGUUUUGGUUUUAGCUUGGAGUCAGAGUUUUUCUGAUAUGUCAGCUGGAUAUGUGUUAGACACUGUAAAAGAAAUGAUUCCAAAAAUGUCUGUAUCAGACCCAUUGCUGAAAGAACUUUGCCAAAAGCUACAUUAUUUUUCUCAUGUGACUGAUUGGUGUGUUGAAAAGUUGAGAAAAUUGCACCCUAAUCUAGAAACCAUGAAAGUUUUGAGCAAAGCCAGGAUGAUUUUUGACAAACUUCAACAUCAGUCAGUGAUAAGAGCGAUUCACAACAUGAUUGGCCUGAAACAUGUGAAACCUUCUGAAAUGAUAAAUCUUUUGAAAGAUGGACUACCUUCUUCAGUGAGUGCAGUUUUAAAUGAGAAAAUAUGGAAAAAUGACCUUACAAGAUGGAAUCUACUCCAGCUGCGAGAUGUGAUGAUUUAUAAAGGAUUUGUUGCUGUUCAGUAUGUGAUGGAUGCUAUUUAUAAUAGUAGAGAUAUAAUGUCAUUUGAGAAAGCUAUCUCAAGAACGGCAAAGUUGAAAGUUGUUUCAGGUAUUGGUGAACCUAAAGCUGUGUUAGAACAAUCAGACCUCAAUGUGGAAGAAAAGAAAAACAUCAAUAAGAAAUCUUUGCAAGAAACUUACUAUGCUAAUGUCAUCAGGUUGCUUGAAGAAGUUCAAACAGAACUUCAAGAAAUCUUUCCUGUAUCAUUUCGUGUCGAGAUUUUGGAAAAUAUAUUUUCUUUAUUGUUUGUUAUGAACAGUGAUAUUCAAGAUUUAGAGCUUGAGUCUGAUUCAGAGUACGAUAAUGAUAUGGAGGAAAGAUACGUGAAUCCAACUUCUUCUCAUCUUAGUUCUCAGCAAAACACCUUUACUGAACAAGUGGAUAUUUCUUUUCAUGGGUCUCACUUUGGAAAAGAUGAAAUUUCUGUUCAUCAGAUAUUUGAUACUGAACAGAAAAAACAGGAUCAAGCAGAAGAUCAAGAUUUUGAUUCAGAUUUCAUUAAGCCUGCAUCUUCUCCAUUCACAUUCUACAUUACAACAGAUAAACUGAAAGACUCUCCAACAGAAAAAUCAGGACUUUGUGUGAGUCAAUCAGCUGGCAGCUCACAUAGCACCUCUAGCAGUUCUUCUGGCUACUCUAAAAUAGGAUUUCUCUGUAAUGAGGUAAUAGUUCGAGACCUUUUAGCUUAUCUCAAAGAUUCUAUUCUGGAUGCUAAGACUGCUGUAUUUGAAGUUCUAGGAAGCAAGGGUCUUGGCCAAAAGAACCAAGAGGAGACAAAGCAACAGCAUUUUCAUGUUAACACUCUAGUGGGUAGUGUGUUACAGUCAUCAGUAUCUGAAGCAGAUCUGCAAAAAAGACUGUCACUAUUGUCACAAUAUGUAAGUGAAGCUCAGUGGCGGUUUCAGUUGGUUUCUAAGAAAAGUGAUCCAAAUAAAAUUGGAAUCUAUGAUAUUGAUGUAUCAGAAAUUGUACGUCUGAAAAGAAAGAGAAGCUGUGUUACCCAGAGCCAGAUAACAUCAGAACCUGUUUACUUGGAUUCAAGUUCUUUCAGCCCAUGGAAAAAAAAUGAAACACCUCUUACUAGUGAUCAGACAGGAAGUAGCAGCAGUAGAGAAGGGGCAGUUAAACAUCAACAGAAGUUAAAGCAAAAAAGAAGCACAACUCCAAAGCAUAGUACUUAUUGUAAUGGUUCCCAGAAAUUAGGAAUUAUUCACAGAAUGCUUGCUUCACCUGAUACUCUUCUCAGGUAUUCAUUGUUAGAAGGAAAUCAAGAACAAGCAAAACAAGUAAUCCAGCUUUUCAGACUACAGGACAGCUGUGAUGCAAAAGAGGUUUUUUUUAGUGAAAAUUUUGCACAUGCCAUAAAGAAAUUAAACACAAUGAACAUUCUUGGAAAUAGACAGAUGGUUGGAAGAAGAAAAGUGUCCAGUGGUCAGCUUUCAGCAAUUGCAGAAGCUGCUGCUUUAGGUGUGACAACUACAACAGUAAUGUCACUGAUUGAAGAACUGUUAACAUUAACUCCAGCUCCAUCAGUUCCAGAGAUCAAGUUUCUUCUUGAAGACACCAAUUCCUCAUUAAAUGCAGAUGAAAAGUCUUUUCUAGCUGGAUGUAGUCAGAUUCAUAGUUUAGUUUGUUCUGAUCUUGCUUUUACUGCUUCUCCAAGUCAAGAAAUAGCCUCAAUUCUUUUAGAUCAAGCCAGCAAAAGAAUGUAUUCAUUGAUGGCUUCUGAAUCUGCUUCCCGAAGAAGAGGAGGUCUGAUGCAAGUAAAAGGGUCUCGCAUGAUGACACAACAGAUAAGAUCUUUGUUAACUGAAAUAUCUUGUUUGAGUGAGACUUCAUUCGGCAAAGAAAUUCUGAUUCCAUUCUUAAGUAUGCCAGUUAAGGAUAUUCUUUCUUGUCCUUAUUUUUCACUGGAGCCAAAAACAUUUCAUGAGCAAAUGAGUGCUUGGAUCAAACUCUCCAAACAAUUAAGUGAAGUACAACAGUUAUUAAAAGAAGAAGAGAGCCAAGCUAUAAUAGUAAACUCUAACCAAACCAGGAAAAUUUCUUUGAAGGAGAUAGAAAAUAAGCUUCAUGCAGCUUUUCGUAAACUGGAUGAAGUCUGCUCUCAGGAUCUAUUGUUCUGUUCCAUGAAUUACUUGCGUAAAACACCAGGAGAGCAUGUAUGUUAUUUGAGAGCAUUUUACAGUCACGUCCGCCAAGUUUACAAAGUUUUAUGGAAAUGUCGGAAUCAUGGGAGAAGUGCAGGUACUAUUGCCUAUGGAAGCUAUUUUUCAGUGCUGAAAGAGGAUCCUAGUGUAAUUUUGAGAAGAAUGGUGCUAGAGGAUGAUGUUCCACCUGCAAGGUUAGAAGACUUUGCAAAACAAAUGAGUUUGGAUCUUGUUUACAUUCUUGCACAGUCUUGUUUACCAUCUCUUCCUCUUUGUCGAACAAACACUAUUAGGAAGUUAUCUCGCCAGGAAUCACUGAAUUAUUUUGUUAGUGACCUAGGUAAUGCUUUGGUCCUGAACAGCUCUUUUAGAAGACUACAGGAUGUAUCUCUAGAUCCAGUGAAUGUAGCUCAGUCACUUAUUGCCCAGGUUAUUAAUAUCAUGAAUGAAUACUCAUUAACCAGAGAGAAUGAUAGUAUUCUGAAUGUUCAAGACAUGAAAGCUUUAAUACAGGAAAAAACAUUAUGUAACUGGAUAGACAGAUGCUGUGAGCUGAAGUUUGUUGACCUCAACAGUUUAGAGACAAGAGCACAAAAGUUGUGUUUCUUUACAAAUGUGACAAACAUAGCCUGGGUGCUUGCAGUUUUUUCAGAAGUGGCUUUUCUUUCAUGUCAUACAAUGCCCACAAAGUGUUCUUCUUCAUCUGGCUGUGAUGUAAACCAUAAAGUGCAGUUCCAAAUUGCCUCUCAGAAUAGUUUGGAAUCUUUGAUGAAGCAGAAGCUAGUUGGUAUUGAAAUUGGUCAGCUGGGUUUUGUCAGUCUUUUUGACUUGCGUUAUAAAAUUCUUCGAGAAGGUCUUCCAACUCCAGCUCUACUUGCAAGUCCUCCAUUAUGUAACCUGUUUGAAUUACAAGACCCUGAAAAAUGGAAGAGUUAUAUCACAGAUGCUGACCCACGACUUCUUUUUGUGUUGAUUGAAGGCACCAUAUCCUCACCAAAACUUCAGGCUCUUUCCCCAGAAAAUUUGAAUCUUAUUUUGGAAACAGCAAUGACUGAUUAUCUUUCACAUCAUGUCCACGUGGAUCUAGCAAAUCAAAUGGUUGAACUCCCGGGUGUCUUAGAUAAAUUUUCUGAAGACUUCUCUCAGAGUGACAACAGUGAUUUUAUCAAAUCUCCAUUUGAAGACUUAACCAGACUUGUGUCUGAUCAUCUGAUUGGUGAGAAAAGAGAAGCCAUAAAUAAACUUUGGCAAGGGGAUUUCCUUCAUGGAUUCAUUGAAAAUAUUGAUGAAACUGGACGGAGGAUUCUGCCUUUCAAGUUAUGCUUCAAACCCCCUUCAGUGGAAGUGGGGUUUAAUUUACAAUAUGCAAAGGAAACCAAAUUAGGACAAACCACAAAAACAACAACCAAAUCAGUGCUUACUUCCUGGGAUUUAACUCAAACUUCUGCAGUGUUUGAAUAUCUGAAAGAAAGAUGUCAACCUGUAGCAGAAUUUGUGCAGUUAAUAAGAAGUUGUUCUCCUUGUUUGAAAGAAAUGGCAGAUAAUGCUUCAACAACCCCUCUUGCUCUCCUUCUUGGUUACAUAAGUAGUUUCUGUUCUGAGUCUUGUAAUGCAAUUUCGGACAUGAAUGAUGGAUAUAAAAAAAUUGUUGAGACAACACUAAAAAAAGAAAUUGAUCGAGAAUUCAUCUGGAAUCUUCUUCAGAAUUUAGUUAGUUGCCAAGAUUUUAAAUCAGUAAUUGAAUUAAUAGAUUUUGCUGAUGUCAAAGGUAAUUUGAAAUCAGUUCCAGAGUUGACACUUUUUCAAGAACUAGUUUUGUGGCAGGUGGCUCACUGCCCUCCAACUGAAAACUUCCACCCCUGGAGCUUUGCCUUGCAAAUUCAAAAUGUUGUAUAUAAAAUGCAGUGUAUUCUGUCCUGUUUAAAUUUCUGGCCAUCAGAAGCCUGCCAAAAAACAUUACAGGCUGCUUUAGCAGAUGAAGAAGUAAGAAAGGAAUCUCAAUAUAAAGAACAACUGGAUAAUUCCCUGAAAAAAAUUAUUCUUUAUCAGAAAAUUCAAACAGCCAGUAAACAAAUUUCAAAUCAAGAGAAUGAUGUUACAUUCAAGAGUUGGCAGGAAGUGUCUGAGUGUUCAAAUGGAAACGUUUUUGCAGUAUUGAACUCCAUUCAGUCUACAGGACAGUACAACUUGGCAUUAGAAUGGGCUGAAAUUCAUCUUGUUCCAGAUGAUUGCAAGACGAUAAUUUCAGAACUUAAAGUGUGUUACUGUCUGGAAUGUGAUCCACCCGAGUUAGGGACAGCUGAAUUGAUUCUGAAAGAAAUGUUUGAAAAAGAAAAUGGACUGAAUGUGUGCAAAAGACUCCUUACUUGUGUCUCCACAAACAAGGCAAAAGUGGCAAUAGUUGAGUUUUUAAUAGCUCACCUUCCUUCAGGCAUGUCUCCAGAGAGGAUUCAAAAAUAUUCUGGAAUAGCUUCUGGAUUGAAGAUGCUCGACUGUGUAUCACCAACAGACAUUGCAUUGUAUGAAAAUCUUGUGGAAUGCCCUCAACUUCUUUUUGAACAGCUUCUUAUGAACAUGGAAGUAGAAGUGGCUUCUAGAGCAUUAGAAACUGUUUUUGACAGCCUUUCGUCAAAUGAUGAUGAUCCAUCCAGUAUGUUUUCAAGUACAACAGUAAAUCGAUUGAUAGAAGACUAUGCCUCUAAAGCUUUGGAUUUUCCUGUUGUUGAAGAUGUUCUAGAUUACUCUGCACCAAACCGUUUGUAUUUUGUAAGGAAAUCUUCUGGCCUUGAGGACUUUAUCAUGCCUCAGAUUGUGCCUACGAAAGAAGAGUGGGUUCCUGAUAAUCAAGUGACCAUUUGUAUGGUCUGUAAUGCUGUUAGCUUUAGUACUAUAAAUCGACGUCAUCAUUGUCGACGCUGUGGACGAGUUGUGUGUGCAGACUGCUCCAAGUAUAAAUUACUAGUAGAAGGGUAUGGAGGAAAUUCAGUUAAAGUCUGCGAAGAUUGCUAUCAACAAACUCUCUGUCCAGGAUUAACAUCAGAUGCUGGUUCUUCUUCUCUCGAAAAGCAGUGGCAUUUUCAGUCAUCUGUUACAUCAUCUAGUCCAAGAUUUAUGUCAAGUGUCUCUGGAAAGAUAGGGCUAAAUGACAGAUCAAGAUCUGGGACUGUGAAAAGCUUGCGACUUGCUCCUUGGAUUUUAGAUAAAGAUGAGUCUCAGAAUUCUACCACAAGAAGGGAAUUCUUUUUUGAACAGGCUCCCAAUCUUCCACUUUGUCUCUCAGUGUUAAAACUACACCUCAACCCUGACAGAUGUGCUGAUUACAUGCUGGAUCUCUGUGAUGAUCUGUUUGGAAAGUUAAAACCAAAACCAUCUAGACAGGCAAAUUCUGAAGUAGAUUACGGUUUAGUUAUAAGUAUGAUGAAGUCACUACUGUUGUGUGCUAAAGUCAAGUCAUUGGAAGUAUCUGGUACUGAGGGACCAGCAGGAGUUUCAAAUACUGAAAGUACAACAGAAGUUCCUAGUGAGGAAACAAAAGAAAAUGUUUUGAAUAGUGAACCAGUUGCAGAAGAUUUCAAUGGCAAAGAAAUGGCAAGAAAAAAACGGGUAGAUAAAAUAGACACGUAUAUUAAGAGACUGGAUUUGCUGAAAUUACUGGUCACUGCCAACUGUAAACACCUGAUUCCUUCAGGAAACUUAACAAGCAAUGAUACAGUGAGACGACUGAGAGACUGUUUAGUGAAAGAAGAAAAUGAGAAAAAUCAGCAGCAUCAGGAAAACCCACUCUUGCAAGACAUUGUUAGUGUUUUAGAGAACUUUAAGCACCCUUCUCCUCAUAAGGGCUGUGGGAUUUCUCGCUCACUGGCCAGGCUAAAAAGUAUUCAAGCUGGAAACAUUCAAAACAUUGCAGAACUCCACAAUACAGCAGCUUUACAAGAGUGCCAGUAUUACUUAAAAACCUAUGGCACAUCAUUGGCUCUUGUAUUAUUCUAUGAGAGAAAUGACAUUUUGGACACAGCCUUGAAUUACCUUUUAGAAAAGCCUUGUGAUCCAGAUGUUUUCAUUGAAGGUCUUCUUAUGCCAUCCUUAAAGAGAAGAAAAAUUUUGAUUUUAUUACAAAAGAUGUCCUCAUUUGAUUCUUCUCUAUCAAAGUGGUGGCAUCUUCUUAUGGCUGCAUGCCGCUACUUGAAAAAAAAUAACUUCUUUCAUGUCUUGUACAAAAUUCAGUAUUUUAUGAAGGAUUAUAUUCGUGCAGCAAUGACCAGCAUUCAGUUAUUUAAAGCCCCAGCUGAAUGUUAUUCAAUACUCUAUGAACGUAUGAAACACCUAACCAAUGCUUGUGAUAAUUUUGAAAUCUACCUUGGAGAGUAUCAUCUUGGUACAGAAGAAAUCUUGCAUCCACCUAGAAAUCAAAUCUUAAUGUGGUCACCAAAAGAAGUCAACAGGCACAUUAGCACCAUCUCUCUACAAAUUGAUAUCACCAAGUUUUUACAUACCUGUUCAACAUCUGGACCACUAGUGAUGCCAGACCACAUUUCAACAAGUCAUUAUAAUAAUCAGUCUGAUGUUACUCCUCCCACGCUCUUUGAUAACUGUACAAGAAAGGCUAUACUGGCUGCCAUAAUAACGGUCAAUGGAAGAAAUAUUGAAGAAGGAUUUGGUUUAGCAUACCGUGUCAUCCAGGAUCAUCAUCUUGCUGGAACUCGAGUUUUCAGUUUAGUUGGCCAAAUGCUUGUUGGAGCAGGACACUUAGCUGAAAUAUCAAGGUUGAUAGAAUGUCUCAUAACAUGUGGAACACCAGAGAAGUAUGACACUGACAAAAUAGUUGGAGCUUGUAUACAGGAAUUGGUAAAGAAUUCUAGAGAGCAUGGGUGUACAUGGCAGAAUAAGGAUUUGGAGAGUCUUAUCAAGCUCUUAACAGGUGACAUUAAUAAGAUCAAUGCUUAUAUUCUCUGCAAUAAGCUGAAAUCUGCUUAUCUACUAGCUGUUCGUUGUGGGAGAACAGCAGAAGUUAAACAGAUAAUGAUACAGGCAGAAAAAAGUGGCCAAGAGGCUGUGCGAAGCAUCUGUGAAAAAUGGUUACAAGCCCAAGCAAAGAGUACAUAGGGAGAAGAAACUGGAUUUGAGAAGUGUUAAUUCAGUCUCUUUUAAAUGUGAUUAGUCAUCACACACGUUUUGUAUGGUAGUUAAUUAACAAGUAAUUACUAAUAUUACUCAUGUGAACUUGAAUUUAAACGUAUCUCCUAAAUUCUUAUAAAAACUAUCACAUAACUAUAAUUUACAUCCUAGCUAUUGCUUCAAUUUGAAAUGUACUUAUUAUGUUCUUCAUUAGGAGGCAUGAAAUUGUAUUUUUAAUAAUCUAAUCCAGUAAAAAGUAACAGCACCAUGUUUGGAAAGUAAAAAAAAACUUGCUUUUUUAAAUAUUUAAGUACAAUUUUUAGGACUCAUUUACAGGUACACCUGUUAUUCCUUCUCUGGAAACAGAUACUCAAAUAUAGAUGGAUCUGGAGCCAUGUCGUGUGGUUAUACUGCUAUAGUUAUUUCACAUAGUUUCUGAAAAGGAGGUGACAUAAUGAAAACUACAAGCAGUAUUUUUCACCACAAAGUAUUAUCAUUUUAUUCUUAAAUUUAAAAUGGUUAGCAGUUAUUGAGUGUUUGAAAAUUUCAUCAGGUGUUGAGUAUAAAGCUCUUUUAAUCUGUAGUAAAAUCCAUUAAAGAUAAAAGUAUCUUACCCAAUGCUUAAUUGUAAACUUUAUAUUACAGUGUGUGUGCUCUAGGUAUUGAUUUUUUCAGUUUUUCAAACUGCUUUGAAUGGUUUAAUUAAAAUUAUAGUUUUGCUAAAGUAUUUGCUAAAACUUAAGAAAUAGAAAAACUAGGUUUUAUAAACAGUAAUUCUUAAACAAGUUCACUGUAAAUCAAAUUUUAAAAAGAAAAACAGCAUCUAUCAACAUAACUUUUUAAUUGAUUUUGGCCAAAUUUGUUGUACAGUUUUGACUUGUAUAAUGGUGAAUGGAAAAGCUGGAAUUUGAAAAGGACAUGUAAUCCUCCACUGUUCUAUAUAGUUCAAAUGAUUAGAUACUGUAAGGUCUUGGAAUCCUUUUGAAAUUCAGUACUAAAGGCAGGGUAGUCUUAUCAAACAGAUUUAGGCCAUAUCUUUCUUAGUUCACAAAUUUUUUUCUAUCCAUAUUUGGCAGAUAGAAAAUUAAUUUGUAAGACUUUGUCAGCUAUAACUUAAGAGGGUUAGAAUUUAGUUUGCAACAAAUCAAACCAGUAGUGUUGUGUAUAACCUAACGUAUUUUAAGCUUAGCUCAUGAAUAAAUGAAAAAUAACUUAUUUUUAUACAUUUGUUAAUAAACAUUAGAUUUUAAAACUAAGUAGAGAAGAUGAAUGGUGUAUAACCAAACAAGGGGCUUUAUUCAUUGCUACAUGUGAGAAAAACAACUUACGGGUUACAAUUAUUAUUAAUGUACACAAAAAUUUUAUUACUAAGAUUAUGUUGUUCUAUCUGUAGAAUAUGUAUGUUAAAAAUCAUAGGAGUUUUAGGUAAGUGAAUAUUUUUUGUUUACCUUCUGAACUGUUUUUUUAUUAUUAUUAUUCACUCAAGAUUUCAGGAGUUAUUCUUUACUGUAAAAGAACAUACUGAAUUAGUUCAUAGCAUCUUCUAAACUACAUCUCACAAGAAAUAACACUGCACAGAGCUUCAACAGAAUUCUCAUUUAAAAAAAUCUCCUGAAUCUUUUUUUUUAAUUUGUAUUAUAUUUUAGUACAUUUUAUAUUAGCAGCAAUUCAUGUACAAAGUUUUAAAUAUCAGUUAGUUUCAUCCAUCUGUAUUGAAACUUUUCUUCUUUUUUUCCAAUAUGCCUUGAUUACAUAAUUUUGUGCAUGGACUUUCAAUAUUACAACAUUAGUUUAUUUUCAUAUAACCCCAUCAGCUUUAUCUGUAAAAUGAAAUGUUUCAAUCAUUUCCUUUAGAAAUUAUGAUGAUUUGAUUUUUUCAAGGUGUUUUGUAAUGAAUUAGACUUGUAUAGAUGAAGAAAAUCAUAAAACUGGGCUUCUUUAAAGUUAUGUAUAAAUGUAUUAAAUAAAAAAGUCUAGUUAUACUACUUAA